ACCCGCCCAGCUCCUUUGCUUACCAAAAUGGCGCUGACCAGAAGCUGUUUUAAAUUCCAGGGAUUGAGAGAAUGUCACUUUUCCGAAUUUUUACGCUAUCCGACAGUCUGUGUCUCCCAGCUUACUGGUCACCCGUUGUCACCAUUUUUUACAACAGCGAAGAGGAGUACUUUAAGUUCAGCCAUCAUCUCAAAGGCCAAACGUUUGAAUGCAAAAUACGAACAAUUUCUGGAAAAAAACUUUCCACGUUUUUAUGUGAUCUACUCAACCUUUUUCAGAGGUUUUCGUUUAUUGUAUCUUGACUUCAAGGAAGUCAGUGGAAUAAAGCAUAAGAUGGCUGAUCAGGGACUAAAGUACUACCAGCUGCCUUACAGAGAAAUGGAAAAAUUAAGACAGUUUCGCAGAGAUGUUAUAAAGGUGAUACCUGUGGUGCUUCUAUCACUUCCACCGUUUGCAAACUAUAUGGUGUUUAUAUUGAUGUAUUUCUUUCCACGGCAGUUGUUAAUAAGACACUUCUGGACCCACGAACAGCAGCAGGAGUUCAUGGAAAUCUACCACUCGAUGCGGGCUCGGGUUUACCCAAAUGCUGUGAGGAAUUUGACCAAAGCAGUGUCAAGAGUACCAGACAGGCGACUGAAAAGCCAACUAUUACAACUCUGCAGUAAAGUUCAGGAAGGCAUCCACCCAAAAAUCUCCCAGCUGCAUGUGGUGGCAAAGCUGUUCUCAAGGCAUCCAUUAGAAAUGCGAUACAUUGACGCACGCCAGACGAAAAUCUUGAGUCAGGUGAUGUUCCUCACUCCACACGUGCCUACCUUCGUUGCGCGCCAUCGCCUCCAGGGCCACAUAAUGGAGAUUCAUCAUUUGGACCAAGCUCUAAAUGUUUUAGGCGUGCACAACCUGUCGGACGAUGAACUGAGGAGUGCAUGUUAUGUAAGAGGUCUGAAUUCGGUGCACCUGAACGCAACACAGUGCGAGGAGUGGUUGACUAAAUGGGUCCAGCUUUCUAAGAAAUUAGAAGAUUCUGAAGCCUCGCUGCUGUUACACAGCAUGGUGUUACUUUCCACAAAUUACCACAAUUCCAGAAAAAUUAAACCUUAAAUGCAAAACUGGAAGUGGCCAUCAUCUAUGUUUACCCAAGACAUCUGUGUUGUGUUGACAACAAUUUGUUCCUGCAUAACUGUGAGUGAGAAUCCAGAAUUCAAAAGCUUUUCAUAAUUAGCUCACCACCUAUGGUGUAAUGAUUGUGCUUGGAGGCAGGUUUCCCCUAAUGAAAUUCAAUGCAAAUAUCAGAAAGAAAAAGAUGUAUUUCAUUGUUUACUUAAAGCACAUAUCUGAAUUAGUUUAAAAGAAACUAAAUGUUUUUGGACCAGUACUUUUUUUUUAAGCUUUAAGAUUAUUUGUGAUGUGUUAUAAAUUUUGCAGUUAAUUCACGUGCAGAUUUUUGGUUGUUGGAAGAUUUGAUCAUUAGUGGGAAAGGAACACUUAAAUUGCUGACAAAAUAAGUGAGGCUAUUUUGUUCCCGUAAUUUAUGUGCAAAUGUCACAGCAACUUCAGAUGAGGGCAAAUGCACAAUUAAAUGUAAAAAUCAAAGUUGCUGUUGGAGAUGCACCGCUCUGCUAAUAGCUUUGUGAUAAAGGCAUGUCACUGUCUGGCUCAUUAUUUGAAUUCUGAGUGGUGUGAAAUUCCUGUACUUGCAUUAUAUAAACUUACUUAAAAAAGUCACUGAAUACUUAACUUUAUCAAUUUCUAGUCACACGACUCUUCAUUUAUGCAGCUAUAUUUUGUUGAAAUAUAGAAGGGACAUGGAAAAUUCACCUUUUGCACAAUAGGUGGCGCUCAAGACCACCCUAAUGCCUGUAAUCCACCCUCCAUGCCAGAAAUAAUCAGGCCAACAUUAAAACUAAAGCAAAAUAUUGCAGAUGUUGGAAAUCUGAAAUAAAAACAAAAUUCUGAAAAGACUCAAAAUCUUUGGAGAGAAAUAGUUAACAUUUCAGGUUGAACGACCUUUUGUCAGAAUUCUGCUGGCCAAACACAAUGAAGUACCUGCUGUCAAGUCUACUGAUUAAACACAUUAUUGGCACCAAUUGGUGAUAUCUUCUACCCGGUCAUACUUGAAAUGUUGCUGCCUACAAUACACCCAUAUAUUUUUUUUUAAAUGUUCCUACUAAUUCUAGCUCCUUUCUAUUUCACACUACUUUUUGUGAUGUGAUUUCACCACACUCACCAGAGCAGCAAGACAUUACUCUGCCAUUCAAAAUGUAAGGUUGCUUUGUGACAUUAAAGUUGAAGCAUUGAUGCUAGGAAAAUGACUUGUGUGCUGUACAGGGUCAUUUCUUUCUUAAAUUCAGAAUUAUGAUAAUUUUACAUAGAAUCCGGGACAGUUGUUGCUACUUUCCCAAUUCAAGUUAGUUUUGCAUCUAAUUUCACUUAAACCUUUAUACUGCAAUGCUGUGGUUUGAGUACCUAAAAUACAAAAGAGUAGAAUUUGAAAUAUUUCUUUCAAAGUUGGACGAAAGAUGCUGGGGGUGAUUUUCACCUUCAACAUCCAGCUGGUAGCCGAACAGAUUGCCUGCCUAACUUUUAUCCAAUUGAUGUCAGUGAAGGUGAAAAUAACCUUACUAUGUCUGUCCUUUCUAAAAAAAAAAGUGCAACAGACAUUUCCAUACUUGAACCUGAAACUGCAUCAUUUAUUAAUAUGAAUAUAAACAACUUAAAUCAUUUUAUGAAUUGAGUUUAGAUUUCCCAAUUGAAUAUUAACCAACAUUACUCAUGCUUAUCUAAAUAGGCAUUUGAAUGAACAGCACUUACAUUGCACUGAUGAUAACCUGCUUGGAUGUUCCAGUACUACUGAUUCUGUUAAUUUUUUAAAUUGUGUUUCAAUUGUGCACUGCAUAAGCCAUUAAAAAAAGUUUACUUUUUUGAGUUGUAUUAUUUUUGAAUAUGAAAAUGGAUGACUUAAUAAGUAUUUCUAUUUUGAGAUGUACUGUGAGUGAAUAUAUGUGUUUGAAGUGGUAAUGAGGAUUGUGUGUAAAUUGGGCUCAGUUGUGGGUAAUUUCAAUGUGGAAAAAUGGUAAAACUCCUGGUAUGUGAAUAAAAAUAUUUUGUAUUU